AUGUGCCCAUUACUCUCCUACUUACCCACGUCGACUGAGGACCUCGUCUCGCUGUACCUCAGGAGGAACCCGGACGUGGCGCAAUCUUACCACUGCCACCAGACGUCUUCUCACAGUCCUGCCGUCGACGCCGUGCUCCUGGAUGCCAUCGCGUACGCCCAUUCUUGUCUGCUAGAGAAAGUCUCGACGCAGGCGGCCAAGCUAGCGGCGACCGUGGAGGCCGAGGCAGCGGACACCAGGGCAGCGGUGGAGAUGUGCCAGCGGUACAUGGAGGUCAUUCGCUCGUCGACGCCCUGCAGCUGCUCCAGCCGCCCGCCGAUGAGCCUCCGACCUCAGCAGACCCACCUGGCUUGGAAGGCGACCACCUGUCCGACCCGAUUCUCCAGCUGGAGCAAUGCUGGCGCCCUUCUCGCCCAUCCGCCACGUUCUUCUCCGCCCACGACACGAGCGGAACGGCCUGAUGAACGCCUCCCUCAGCGCGUCGAUUCCCGAAGGAGGACGCAUCAGCACCCUCGGGAGCACCGCGACCACCCGUACCCUGACGACGACCAGAAGGCGUCUCUGGUGCGGCGGACGGGACUCUCGACGCAGCAGGUGGGCCACUGGUUCACGAACGCCCGGCGCCGCCUCCUGCCGAAGCUGCGGGCGGAUCUGACGAAGGAGUGA